AUGUCUCCAUUCGUUUCCGGAAUUACUACACCUAAAGCAACAUUGAUGGAUUCUGGUGUUGGUACUGACACAAUAUCUGAAGUAGUACCUUGGAUAUCAUCCGCUGAGUAUGUAAAGUGAAGAAAGCAAAGUGAAGAUAAAAUGCCAUUUUUUUCGGUUUUUAUUCUGCACGUACUUUACCCGUCAUAUGAUCGCUUUUUUGCGACCAAGAUGCGUCCGUUAAAUAGAAGAACCGGCGUUAUUCUUGAAACAGAGACUGGACAAAUGAUCU